AAAAGCAUUUGGAGAGCAAGAACACCAGUCCCACACGACAACGUCAAUCGUCCUGACGUUACACUUCUGUCACAUUUAACAGCCCUUCUUCCCCAAAGUCCAUUACCCUCGUUUCCCUGAAUCCCAAAACUCCACAGAGAGAGAGAGAGAGAGAGGGAGACGUUUAAUCUCGUCAAGAAACAUGAUUCUAAGAACCAUGGCAUCCACUUUGCCACCGCCGCCAUCUCCGAAGACAAAACCACAGUCGUCUUCUCCGCCGCCGUCGCAGCUUCCCCUCCGUACCAUCCCGGGUUCCUACGGGUUACCGUUGCUGGGACCGUUAUCCGACCGGCUAGACUACUUCUGGUUCCAGGGUCCGGAGACGUUUUUCCGCACGAGGAUCGAAAAGUACAAGAGUACGGUGUUCCGUACGAACAUCCCUCCGGCGUUCCCGUUCUUGGGGAACGUAAACCCUAAUAUCAUCGCCGUUCUCGACGUCAAAUCUUUCAGCCAUCUCUUCGACAUGGAUAUCGUCGAAAAGAAAGAUGUUCUCAUCGGAGAUUUCAGGCCGAGCUUGAGUUUCACCGGAGGUGUUCGUGUCGGAGUUUAUCUUGACCCUACCGACCCCAAGCAUGGCCAGGUGAAGAGCUUCACCAUGGAUAUACUGAAACGAAGCUCCGAGGUAUGGGUUCGAGAACUUCUCACUAACCUCGACACUUUCUGGGGAACAGUCGAGUCCGACAUCUCCCAAAACGGCGCCGCAUCGUACACCUUCCCGCUCCAACGCAGCUUCUUCAACUUCCUGGUCGCCGCCCUCGCCGGCGUCAGGCCCGCCGACGUAUCUCCGGAGAUCUCCGCCGACGGAUACACCUCAUUAAACAAGUGGCUCGCUCUCCAGAUCAUUCCCACCGUCAAGAUAGGAAUCCUCCAGCCUCUCGAAGAGAUCUUCCUCCACUCUUGGGCUUACCCUUUUCUAUUCGUCGCCGGAGAUUACAAAAAGCUCCAUGAUUUCAUCGAAAAUCACGCCGGAGAAGUUAUCCGGCGAGGUCAGGAGGAUUUCGGGCUGACCCGCGAGGAGACCAUCCACAAUCUCCUCUUCGUCCUCGGUUUCAACGCCUACGGGGGCUUUUCCGUCUUUUUACCCUCUCUCAUCGGAAGAAUCGCGGGCGAUGAGUCCGGCUUGCAGGAGAGGAUAAGAACCGAGGUCCGGCGAGUCUGUGGGUCCCAGUCGGAUUUGAAUUUCAGGUCGGUCAACGAGAUGGAUCUGGUCAAAUCUGUGGUUUACGAAACGCUACGCAUGAGCCCGCCGGUUCCGCUGCAAUUCGCACGUGCGAGAAAGGAUUUCCGGUUAAGCUCGAACGAUUCGGUUUACGAGGUGAAGAAAGGGGAGCUUCUCUGCGGUUACCAGCUACUGGUGAUGAGGGACAAGACCGUGUUCGACGAACCAGAGAAAUUUAAACCGGACCGGUUCACCGGUCAGACCGGGUCCGAGUUGCUGAAUUACCUCUACUGGUCCAACGGACCGCAAACCGGAACACCGAGCGAGUCGAACAAGCAGUGCGCGGCCAAGGAUUACGUGACGCUCACGGCAUCUUUGUUGGUCGCCGAUUUGUUUCUCCGGUACGAUAAGAUCGCCGGGAACUCCGGCCAAAUCACAGCCGUUGAAAAGGCCAAGUGAUACGAUCCAACGGCGUAUAUAAAUCUUCAGAGGUUUAUGUCAUUAUAUAGUUUUAUUUUAGUACAAGAUACAUAAGUUACGGUAUAUGAACUUUCGGAAACGAUUUAAUAAAUUCCGAGUAUCAAUUUGUUGCAUAUGUUUUUUU